AUGUUGUCUGGAAAGAGGAACUCUGCCCUGCAGAUUUUAUCUCUUCUACUUCUGUUUCUCCAUUGCCAAGCGUCAUCCCAUAAUUAUCAUUUUGUGGUGAAAGAAGCUACAUAUACAAGGUUGUGCAGCACCAAGGAAAUAUUGACAGUAAAUGGAAAAUUUCCUGGACCAGUUUUACAAGCUCAUAAAGGUGAUACAAUCUAUGUCAAUGUCCACAACAACGGCAGAUACAACAUCACUGUCCACUGGCAUGGAGUAAAGCAACCGAGGUAUCCAUGGUCAGAUGGUCCUGAAUACAUCACACAAUGUCCAAUUCAGCCUGGGCAUAAAUUCAAGCAAAAGAUUAUAUUUUCUGAAGAAGAAGGAACCAUCUGGUGGCAUGCACAUAGUGACUGGUUUCGAGCAACAGUUUACGGAGCAAUUAUCGUCUAUCCAAAACGUGGAGCUAGCUAUCCAUUUCCCCAGCCUCAUGAGGAAGUGCCAAUUAUAUUAGGUCAGUGGUGGAAAAGGGACAUAAUGGAGGUAUUUGAAGAAUUCGUUCGAACCGGAGGAGAACCUAAUGUUUCUGAUGCUCACACCAUCAAUGGUCAGCCUGGUGACCUCUAUCCAUGCUCAAAAUCAGAAACAUUCAAAUUCUUCGUGGAUGAAAACAAGGCCUAUCUGCUCCGGAUAGUAAACGCCGCAAUGAACAGCAUUCUCUUCUUCUCAAUCGCAAACCAUAGCCUCACAGUGGUGGGAGCAGAUGGGAGCUACACAAAGCCAGUGACAAGAGAUUACAUCACAAUAUCACCGGGACAAACGCUAGAUGCCUUGCUGCUCACAAACCAACAAGUUGGCCAAUAUUACAUGGCCGCUAGGGCUUACUCAAGCAGUCCUGCUGUUGCUUUUGACAACACCACAACCACAGCAAUAGUACAAUACAACAAUAGAAAUUCCACUCCAUUUUCAAGCCCUCCAAUAUUACCUUAUCUUCCUUACUAUAAUGACACAAAUGCAGCCUUCAAUUUCUUUGAUAGCCUUAGAAGCCUAGCCAAUGAAGACCACCCAAUUGACGUCCCAAAAAACAUCACCACUAGAUUAAUCUCAACAGUUUCAGUCAACACAUUUCCCUGCCCAAAUAAUUCUUGUGAAGGACCGAAUGGGACCCGCCUAGCUGCUAGCAUGAACAACAUAAGUUUUGUGGACCCCACAACAACUGACAUCCUAGAAGCAUAUUAUUAUCAUAUUAAUGGGGUGUUUAGAGAAGGUUUCCCAGAUUUUCCACCACUGGUGUAUAAUUUUACAGGUGAAGAUCUGCCAUUGAUUUUACAAACACCAAAGAGAGGGACAAUGGUGAAGGUUUUUGAUUAUGGGUCAAUUGUGGAAUGUGUUUUUCAAGGCACGAACUUGGUUGCUGGGAUUGAUCAUCCAAUGCAUUUGCAUGGGUUUAGCUUUUACAUUGUUGGAAGAGGGUUUGGGAAUUUUGACCAAGACAAGGACCCAUUAAACUACAAUCUCGUUGACCCUCCUCAUAGGAACACUGUGACUGUACCUAUAAGUGGCUGGACCGCCAUCAGAUUCAAAGCCAACAAUCCGGGAGUAUGGUUCUUGCACUGCCAUUUGGAGCGUCACGUAACAUGGGGAAUGAACACCGUUUUCAUUGUAAAGAACGGAAAACACAACAAGGAAAAGUUGCUGCCCGCACCGCAAGAAAUGCCACCGUGCUAA